UCCGAAUGCCUUGUUUGCGCCAUGUUGGGAAGACUGAGUUGGAUUCUGAGGCGUGCCGCCAGAUUAAGCUCAUGGCGAAGAUGCCCGGCCUAAAGUUCAACAUCCUGCUCUUGCUCCGGCCUCCCUUCCAAAACGUCUGGUCGGGACUAGCAAGACUCCUACACACCAGAUCUGGUGUUGCUUACUCACACCAAUGACAAGCAGCGCAUUUCGCUGGGAAAACGCAGGGGAAUUCACUAGCCUUGCGAACCUGCUCUCUCUACGCAAGGGAGCUUGUGUGGGGCCGGCGGAAAGGGGAGAUGAUAUGAACAGUGCACAUGUCUGUGCUGGAGAUGAUCUUAAGCGGCGUUUCUUAGACAGAUUCGCCAAAGUGAUGUCACGAAGCAGGGGCGGAGAAUGUGUCGCUUGCGUCGCACUCCGCGAGUCCAGAAACAUCACCCUGGAAGAGCCAGAUGGCGUCAAAGUUAUCUUACUGGUCGCUCGUAACGAAACGUUCGGGAAUGUCGAUUUUAGUUUCUGCGACAAAGUUGAGAGGCUGCUAGCGGCCCUCGGUGCCUCAGCACGCAAAAACGCCGAAAAUCCUACGGUGGAAAAGGCGCUCUGGGAAGCGAUGCUCGACUAUAAUGAGCCUCGGAUUGAGCAGUAUAUAUCAAAUUUCGAAGAGAGCUUGCGUGCUUUUGCGGACAACGGGUAUCUGGACAGCAUUCCAUCUUUUUCUCUGGAGCAGGCUUUAAGGGUUGGGACCUUCUGUGACAGUAACGAUAUCGGUUUAUACUCUAAGGCAACCCACGAUGCUUACAUGCAGAUUGCUCAAACCCAAUUACGAAAGCUUCUUGGCAUCCUCUCCCUCGGUGACAGAGUGAUGCAGAAGGAUCUUCUCGCUGAGAAAGCCUAUUCCGUCCGCCAUAUGGAUUCCGUACGAAUAUUCAUCAAUGCAUCACGCAGCAAUUUGGGCUCAAAACUACUUUCCGACAUUGAUUUCCUGGGAAGACUUAGGUCUUGCUAUUAUACUCUCGUCGAGGCUGCGGAAACCAUCCCCGGAUUUGCUGAUCUUUCCAUAAUGCUUGUCGACAAACCUGCGUCCCAUAACCUCCUGCCAGCCUUGCCCUCCAUGGACGACCUAUUCAAACGGCUGGAGUUGCCUUUGAAUCUGGACACAGUUCAGAAGUUUGUGGGAGAUACGACAAUCGCGACGGUAUGGCAAGACUUUUUGAAGCUUCAAGAAAAAACAUAUUCCCAGACUCUCGCUACCCAUGCCGAGAUCCAGCUCGUUUUCUACAUCGCCCAGAGAAUGGACCUGGAAACCAUGACCAAGGAACUUUACCCGUACAUUGGCUGCAGCAAACUAUGCUGCUUCCUAUGUUUUACGUUCCUUCGAUUCUUUGGGCAACGUGAUCCCUUUUUCAACAUUCGGGGAUGCCACGGGAGGGUUUAUCCGCUAUGGUCCUUGCCUGACGCUAGUGGGCUUCAUGUAGAUAUGUGCAUGGAACUCUCUUUAGCGUUGCAGAGGACCCUCGACCACAUGUUCCGAGAGAUGACUAGGGCUGUUGCAACAAGUCCCCAUCACAAGGUGGAGUCCUCUGUUGGGAUUACCGACGACUACCCCGACCCACCAUCAAACAUCCGCGAUUACCACCCGCAGCUUACGAUCCAGUCCGAAUUCCAUCCUCCGCGUGCAUCAUGGGCCACAGUGUUUUUAAAUAGCAAAGCUCGCGAGGUCGUUGCCAAUUUCGAAACAAAAGACGAUAAGGCCGAACUUACACGAUCCCCACCGAGGUCGGGUAAAUGUGCUCGUUGUGACAGAAAAACUUCGAGGAAAUGUUCCAAGUGCACUGGUCCGUGGUUGUGCAGUAGAACAUGCGAAGGAGCAUAUAACUUCCGUGAUCAUAACUCCAAAUGCGCCAUCCCUCAACCUUUCGAUUCCGCAGAUUACCUAGAAAGGGCUUGCUGGAAGAACGAGAUUCCCGACAACGUAGAGACCCUGGAAGAAUUUGGCUUCACCAAAUUCCCAUCAACGUUUGACCAGCGGAAUUUGCUCGGCGUAUUCAUUGGCCUAACACGUAUGGGGAUUGGAAGUCGAGAGCUGCGAAAGUGGCAAGAGGAUGGGAUGCUACUAGCCAACAUUAUAUUCACCUAUGAGGGAAAGCCCGAGUACAGUUGCGGAGGAUACUAUAGAUGGUUCCGGGAGAAGCUCUACAUCCUCAGCCACACUCGAGCUAAAUCCCAAACUCUAGAUAUGUUCACCGUAGCAAGACCUUACCUUGAUGCCGGUGACCAGUCCAAGGAUCUCCAUGAACUUGUCCUCGACACCAAACGAAAGUCCUUCCUGCUAUAUGCGAUCCUAUUUAAUGGCCAGCAUCCCGAUCCAGCCACUCGGAGAAAUCCAUUCAGGAUCUCUACUACACGUUUGGCUUUUGCCUUUGCUGCGAUGUCCGUGGUGAAGAAGUAUUGGCCAGACUCUACAUGAUGCUCAUCUGCAGGUGCUCCUUUCAAGACUUUUGGUUAGCAUAUCAAAACCACAGCCUCAUAGCCUUGAUGGACGCUAAGGGGCUUGCGAAAGCCCGCCAGGACAUUCAACAUCCUGGAAACUUUUUUGAAGAUCAAGCCUAACGACUGGUGUCCAACCGUAUGGCACCUUCGGCUAUUCACUCGGUGCCAGGUCGUGCUUCCUGGCCCCUGUGUCGCAAGGGACUACGGAUUUUUCAACUGUGAAACAGUUGAAGAGCACCUUGC